AUGAUUCCCGAGGGUCUUCAGUACUCGUCAAUUACCGACAUCAUAGCCAAGAUUAAGUCGCUCAAGAUGAACUCGGUCCGUAUGGGAUGGGCUACCGAGAUGGUCGAUGAUAUUCUGGACAACGGUGGCGAUGUUACUCUUAGAGAUACAAUGGUACAUGUUCUUGGUGACGAGCGUGGCGAGGCUAUUGUUGCUCAGAUACUCCAGCACAACCCGCAGUUUACAGAGAACACAACGCGCCUCCAGGUCUGGGACGCCGUGGCUGCCGAAAUCCACAAGGCAAAACUACACAUGAUUGUCAACAACCACCUAUCCAAGGCCGUCUGGUGCUGCAGUCCUGACGACGGAAACGGAUGGUUUGAUGACACCUACUUCCACGUAGCCAAGUGGAAGCGCAGUCUGAGGUUCAUGGCCAAGCAUGCCAGGAGACAUUGGCCGGCUGCCACUGCCCACUCGCUGCGUAACGAGCUGCGUCCAGUGACAACGCCAGCCAACGACACAUACGGCUGGUCGAGAUGGUACAAUGAGAUGACCGAGGCUGGAGCCAUUAUCCAUGCUACAGAUCCCGACGCUCUCGUCAUAUACUCGGGCCUAAACUACGACCACGAACUAAACCCCAUCACGGCUGCGGCUCCCUUGAGCGACACCGAUCCACGAGUCUUUUCGCUAGCCGACUUUGACUACGCCAACAAGAUUGUGUUCGAGCUUCACAGCUAUGACAAUUGGAUGUACAACUGUACCUUCUUCCAGACGGAGCUAUACAAACGUGGCUUCAACGCACUCGACGUCUCUGACCAGACCACCGCCCGCAAUAUCGCCCCCGUCAUUCUUACAGAGUUUGGUUUUGCACAAAAUGGGACGGACUACCUGGGAACGUACGCUCAGUGCCUCAAGGACUUCAUCACUGGCAACGACCGUAUUGGAGGCGCAACGCGGAUCCGAGGGCCCAUUGGGUGGCUGCAGUGGACCAUAGGCGGAUCGUACUACAUGAGACAAGGGAUUGCAGACUUUGAUGACUGGUGGGCGCUACUGAAUCAUGAAUGGAGUGACUGGAGAAACCACACGGUAUUGAAUGAGUACCAAAAGCCCAUGGUAGAGGCGGUUCUAGCUGCUUGA